AUGGAGCUCUGGGAAAGGGUCAGCACUUCAAGAGAAAAUCCCAUCUGUUCUGCAGGUGGCAUUCUGAUGGGUACCAGUCGGCACUACAAGACAAAGCCUACCCAUGGCAUUGGAAGGUACAAGCACCUAAAUAAAGCACAGGUGCCCAAGAAGAAGAGGGGAAAAGUGGAAGUGAGACCCAUUAAUUUGGGGACAGAUUAUGAAUAUGAGAUUUUAAACAUUCACUUGACCGCAUACGACAUGGCCGUGGCAGAGAGUUAUGCCCAAUAUGUUCACAACCUCUGCAACCAUCUAUCCGUUAAAGUUGAGGAAAGUUAUGCUAUGCCCACCAAAACCAUGGAGGUGUUGCAGCUGCAGGACCAAGGCAGCAAAAUGCUCCUGGACUCAGUUCUUACCACCCAUGAGCGAGUGGUUCAGAUCAGCGGUUUGAGUGCUACAUUUGCAGAGAUUUUUUUGGAAAUAAUCCAAAGCACUCUUCCCAAAGGAGUCAGAUUGUCAAUGAAGGAGCACUCUGAAGAAGACUUCAAGGGAAUGUUCAAAGCUCAGCCAGAACUGGAAGAACUGUUGGCCAAGUUGAACUAG